ACGACAAGCUAUCCGCGGGCAGAUGUGCAAACUAGAUGAUUGCUAUCGCAAAAGCCUGGCCGAGUGAUGCCUUGCUUCGGACUCACUUCAACCUGUCGCUGCUUUUACGAUGAACUUGGCUAAGACGCACGGGCACAAACAUGUCUUUACACCGUUUGGACAUGAAAGCCGUCACUUUGUUUGCAAGUUUCACACCACAAGCUAGGAGUAUGAUUCUGGGCGGCGAAGUCUCAGUUAUACGACGGGGCUGUGCAAAGUGUUUCGGGAUUGAAUGACUUCGCGCGCUCUGGCUUCUCCCAACCCACCAUCAGACUUUACCAUCUUCGACUCAUCAGUCCAACCAUGUUCAGCAAAUCUCUCAAGACUAUGAUACCUGCCGCGCUCGCUCUCUGUCUUGCUACGCUCAGUUUGGGUGCAAGCAUUGACGCCCGCGAUGCCAACACGCUCGAACGUCGUCAUACUGGUCCUUACACGUGGUGUGGCCUUCAGACGGAGUACUUGCCGGGCAAAGUUCUCGGUCUUUACUUCUACCUCAAUUGGUAUACGAAUAAGUAUGUCGUCUCGCCUGGCGAAGGCAUGACAUUUGCAAACUUCGAGCCCGCUUACAUGGACCAUGGCUCUCUCAACGACGCAAAUUUUGUGUUGAAGAGCGCAAACAACUACGACGUCGAUCUUCAAGCCAAAGUCGGCAGUGAUGGCGACAUCCAAGGAAUCGCUCUCGCUAAUUUGAAAAUUGGCGAUACAACGUUCUCAAAUGUGGUUUCCCUUGGCUUCCAGUGCAGUAGCGAUCCUCAGCAGCAGAACAAGGUCACCAUUCCGCGCUACUAGGGAGUGACACCAUCAGACUCGGCUGAUAAGACCAUAUAGUCUUGUGUAACAGCCGAAGUGUUUGCAUAGUAAUCUCAACGUCGACUGCGCGGCUGCAAUUGCCGCCCUCGACUAUCUGAGA